UCAAAUUUCUUCCCAUUUUAUUUGUGAGAGAACCUAAUACUCCUUGCUUUAGGGCGGGAGAUAAAUAAAAUCUCUUUGCCUUUUUCCUCUUUUGCCCGUUCGUGCCAAAAGUUUCAUUCUUGAAAAGGAAAAAAAAAAAAAAAAUUUCCCCAGAUUCCUCUGGAUCUAUUCAUUCUAACCGGUUUAGGCUUCUUUUUCAAUCCUCAAUUUGAUUUUCGUUCAGAAAUCUUUUUAUUUGCUCGUUAGAUCUGUGCUUUUUGUCAAUCCAAUUUCAUAGUCAUUGCUCUUAGUAGCAAAUCAAGGUUGUAGUGACGCUUCAUCAGAGGAAUGGGGUAUAUAGGGUCUCAUGGAGUAGCAGCACUUCAUAGAUAUAAGUACAGUGGAGUUGAUCACUCUUAUGUUGCUAAAUAUGUGUUGCAACCCUUUUGGAGCCGAUUUGUUAACUUCUUUCCUCUUUGGAUGCCACCAAACAUGAUCACUCUUACAGGAUUCAUGUUCUUAGUUACAUCUGCACUGCUUGGCUAUUUAUAUUCACCUCAAUUGGAUACAGCACCACCAAGAUGGGUUCAUUUUGCACAUGGAUUACUUCUAUUUUUAUAUCAGACUUUUGAUGCUGUUGACGGGAAGCAAGCACGGCGGACAAACUCAUCAAGUCCAUUAGGAGAACUUUUUGACCAUGGAUGUGAUGCGCUUGCAUGUGCAUUUGAAAGCAUGGCUUUUGGUAGUACUGCCAUGUGUGGAAGAGACACCUUCUGGUUUUGGGUUAUUUCAGCCGUUCCAUUUUAUGGUGCAACAUGGGAACACUUUUUCACAAAUACUCUUAUCCUUCCUGCAAUUAAUGGACCUACAGAGGGCUUGAUGAUUAUAUAUGUGGCGCAUUUUUUCACAGCAAUAGUUGGCGCUGAGUGGUGGAUUCAUCACUUCGGAAAGUCUUUACCCUUUCUAAGUUGGGUGCCAAUUGUUAGUGAAAUCCCAACUUACAGAGCUGUGCUAUUCUUCAUGAUAGCUUUUGGUGUUAUACCAACCAUUUCAUUCAACGUGUCCAAUGUCUACAAGGUUGUACAGUCAAGAAAAGGCAGCAUGUUACUGGCAUUAGCCAUGCUUUACCCUUUUGUAGUGCUUAUAGGAGGCGUCUUGGUAUGGGAUUAUUUGUCUCCGUCUGAUAUAAUGGGGAAGUACCCUCAUUUUGUUAUACUGGGAACUGGACUUGCUUUUGGGUUUCUUGUGGGAAGGAUGAUUCUCGCCCACUUGUGUGAUGAACCAAAGGGAUUGAAAACUAAUAUGUGCAUGUCUCUAUUAUAUCUACCAUUUGCCAUCGCAAAUGCACUCACAGCCAGACUGAAUGAUGGAGUUCCUUUGGUAGAUGAGUUCUGGGUCCUUCUUGGUUACUGUUUAUUCACAGUGGGACUAUAUUUACAUUUUGCUACGUCAGUCAUUCAUGAAAUCACAACGGCCUUGGGCAUUAAUUGUUUCAGGAUAACUAGGAAAGAAGCUUGAAAAUGCAGAUUCUUAUUUUUAGUGGUUGACUGCUUUUGAUGGACGCGAAAUCUGUUUGCCCAAUUACGAUUCAGCUGGGUUAGGAGCAAUGCAGCAAAAUUGAUGAUUUGGUAGUUGUAUCUUUUUUGGUUAACAAUGAUGAUGGGGUUGUAACUGGAUUCAGGGCACACAAUCUGGUUCAACCAUUGAUGUUAUACAUUAUUUAUUUAAAAUCACAAAAGAGUAGGCUGGAGGGAUGCAAACCGUCAUAUAGUUAUUGCUAUAUUUUUGAAGUUUUAAAGAUGGGAGCUUGAGCUUUUUAUACACAGUUGAUGUGAGAGAGAGUUUAUAGAGUUUAGAGGCUUGCUAGUAAUGGGCCUUGGAUAUAAUUAGUAAUGGCAGCUUUCACCAUUGAUAUCAGGGUAAUUUUAAUGCUUUUGUUAGGCUAAAGUACAUUUUUAUUCGUUAAAUGGUGUUGAAACUAAAA